AUGACUAUCAAGCGACGUAUCGAUACCUCCAAACUCCGAAGGCCUUUGAAACGGUCGAAAAUAACCGAAUCUGUUUAUGGCAGGUGAGAAAUGGCGGCCGAGCAACAAACGUGUUCUCCAACAUUAUUUUAAUAAAAAAGAAAUUGGAGAGAUUAUUUUUGUCUGAUCUCUUGCAUUGUUGUACCAUAAAGCCUGAUUUAAUCUGUUUAUUCCUUUCCUAGUUUGUUCAUCUAUGUGAAAUUCUUCGCCGUGUGGAUUCUUGUACUUACAGCGGACUUUUUACUCGAGUUUCGCUUCGAGUAUUUGUGGCCUUUUUGGCUGUUGAUGCGAAGCGCUUACGACUCGUUUAAAUAUCAAGGAUUGGUAAUAAUAGACUUUAUUUUCAUCUGAAAAGUACCGAGUGGUAUUCUGCCGUUUCUUUAUUACUAUUCCCAGCAACUUAAAACCCUCAUCGCUUGUAUUUUUGCUAUUUUUAAAAGGUGUUCUCUUUGCUAUUCCUUGGGCUGGCCUUAUGUUCGGAUGUUGUGUGUCUGAUGGUGUUACCGAUUCACUGGCUAUUUUUUGCAGCGAGUACUUAUGUCUGGGUACAAUUCGUCUGGCAUACAGGUGAAGUAAAACCCUUCUUUAAUACAAUUUGUUGCGGUUUUGGCUAUUGAAGUCUUUCUUUGUGGCGACCAAGUGUGUGAUAUGUUUACAUUAUUUCAUGAUUCGCUUCACUUGUCUUGUUGUUAUAAUUAUAUUUCGCUACUUUCCUUGUAGAUCGCGGGCUAGGAUUACCGACGAUUUCUAUGUGGUUAUUAUUUAUAUACGUCGAGGCAUCCGUUCGCUUAAAAGAGCUAAAAAAUCUACCGUUUCACUUGGAUUUGUGUCGACCUUUUGCAGCUCAUUGGUACUGUACUUUAAAUAUUAACAUUCUAAAUAACAUGUUUAGUAAUUUCAAUAAACCGUUGACAGCCUUUUGCUGCCGAGCUUAAUUUUUCAAAUUUUACCAUUCAAAACCCAAUAAUCACAUUUCGACAAUGGUUUUUAAAACAUAGUGGAUUUUAGAGGGAUUUACAACACAGACAAUGCAUGCAUGAAAUGUUAAAAACAUUUUUAAUUUAUUCAAGACAGCUGAUUUGCUGAGGUUGUUAAUUUUUUCUUUUGAAUGUAUAAGACUUUCAAUAUUUAAUGUUUAUCGCAUUUAAAACCUGCUUUCGAUUACUUUAUUUUGUAUGCGUUUGCAUUUUGACAGUUGUUCAAUAUGGCAGUUACCCAUUAAGUCGCAAUGUGCCCUAAUGCACCGUACUUUGUUAUUUUAUUCGGAUAGAUGAUUCUACUUGUUAAGGGAAAAGUGUCACGCUUUAAUGCGUCAAACAGAGUGUCUGUUCAUGCCUCUCGUUUGUCUAUUAGGCUGCAUUGCACUCUUACUUUAAAUAUGACUGGAUAGUGUUGUACAUUGAUAUGUUUAUGAGGGCCAUGGACCUUGUUAGCCUCUUAAUGCCUGACGAUAAAAAUCAAACUAAUGAAGUGGGCAAAACAAGGGCACGUUGUGGUCUACCGUAACAGCUGGGGUUACAUUCGGCAGAUAGUGGUCAAGUGAGAAAAUAAUGUUCAUUCUUUUCAUUAUAUGUAGUAGUCUAGUAUUUGCAAAUGAAUGGAAUUGGAGUGUAGUUUAAUUCUCUUGUGUCAAUAUUGACCCCAUCUGCUACUGAAAGCCAACAAUGGGAUAACAAUGCCCAUGGCCAGACAGUCCGACUUCUCAUUAAUACUCUACAGUAUGAUGCAAAACUGUCCACGUUUUUAUCCAGCUUUAACACACAUACAUUUGGAAACCAAGAACUAAGCAUUUCAAACAUUUUUGUGAUUGAAAAACGUGUCCAGAUAACUCAAAGUUUUUUUUUUGGAAGUUUUGACAAGCAUCUGAAUAUAGGAAUGACAUUUCCCCUAAUCUUGUAGCGGUUCUCAGUUGUCUACCGGUACAGCUACGGAAUAGAAAUGUGCCCAGGUUCAAUUCCUAUCUGGGUUGUUCUUUUCAAAUAUUUUUCCUUGUGUUCCUUGUACUUACUAAGCCUUGAAACGUUUUUGUUUCUUCUAAAAUUGCUUAAUUUCAUUUUUACCACAAACGAAGGGCAAAUAUGCCAUUUAUGUAAACAGGUGCACUCAAAGAUUUAAUAGUCUGCCAUGUUUAUUAUCAAAAUUACGUGAACAUUUCAAUAUUGUACUGACCUUCUCAUUCUGUAUUUAGUAUCGGCUAUCCAGUGGUCACCCUGGGUUACGGCGUUAAAAGUUAUGUAGGGUAUAAAAUUCGACAGGUUGGUAAAAUACUUGUUAGUUUGAGAUUUUUGGAAACAGUCCACCUCUAUAGUGGUGAUACCUCUCUAAUAUGGGAACACCUCUCUAAACAGACACCUCUCUAACUGGGCACCUAUCUAAUGUGGCACCUCUCUAAUAUAUAUGGGGACACCUCUCUAAUACAGACACAUCUCUAAUAUGGGGACACCUCUCUAAUACAGACACCUCUCUAAUAUGGGGACACCUCUCUAAUAGAGACACCUCUCUAAUAUGGGGACACCUCUCUAAUACAGACACAUCUCUAAUAUGGGGACACCUGUGUAAUACAGACACCUCUCUAAUAUGGGGACACCUCUCUAAUACAGACACCUCUCUAAUCUGCAUUUUUUUGCUCUUCCGCUGUGUUAGAAAAAUCUGAUUGUGUGCUAAAAAAACUGCCAUACUUAUUCUAUUUGUAUACAUGCAAACUUUCUUGCAGCAUAAAAUUCAGCGAGUUAGCAAAGAGAAUGAAUUUUAUAUGGAAUUAAUAAAUCAAUCACUACCUUCAGAACAAUUGGAAAACAAUGCGAAAGGUACUUUAUUUCAUACAUUCAUUUCAUAGAAAUUACAAGAACCACGAGACCAACAUUUAACCAGUUCUAAAAACGUUAUCACAUUUUACCAUGCUUUCAGGAAAUGCGAUUGAUAAAAUUCCUGAGGAGAGUGGUCCACCGGCAAGGAAGUCUAGUUGUCAAACACUAAGCAAUGGUGUUGUCAAUAAAUCAAACAAUGAACUAUUAUAUAGUCAUGAGAAUGCCAAAACUGUUAGCAGUGAAAAAACAACUAGAAAUAACGUUAAAGUUACAACAGCUUCGUCGUCCAAGAAACUCAACGAAGAUCAUAACUUAAACGAACUUGAAAAUAAGAGUGAAGACGGACGUUUAGUUAAUGGUCAUGUAGGGCGUAGUUUCAAUGGAGGAAAGAGGAGUAGUCCAUUGCGAGUUCCUAACGGAGAUUACGAGGACUCGGAUAGUGGCGACUCUUCUAAUACAUCAACCUCAAGUGGUCCCGGGAGCAGUAAGAAGGAGAAUCAGAAUAAAACUGCACAGGUAUAGCCCUCUAGAAACAAGAAGAUUCAUUGUACUCUGCACUGUCAGAAUAAAUAUGAAACCAGUCGUACACAUGUAAAAACAUACAAGUCGUUACACAUCUGGAAACAAGUCGUAACAAGGUUGUUGUGAAGUCGAUAUCAGGAUGUGUUCGUACUGCUUGUUCCCAGUUGUUGUGACAAGUCUGGAACAAGUUGUUAUCACCUUGUUACAAGGUUGAUGACGGUAACAGACUUGCUACAAGUUGUUCCAACAAAACUGAUGCAGGCUGUUCGUUACAAGUUGCUACAAGCUUGUUGUCAUCAACUUGUUACAUACAGACGAUGGAACAACUUGUUGCGAGUCUCUUGGCCUCAUUUACUGGAGUAAAGACAACCAACACAAUUGUAAAUCGCUUGUCCAGAUAUAAAUUAAGCUGAGUUAAAGUGGGUAAAUGGGUCUUAAAAGGUCAGAUUUAAUAUCUAUAACAUUUUUUUUCUUACAGGAAACAAAAUAUCGUUCCGUAGUUGGUGACAUCAACCCUUCCUUGUUAACUCAACUCAAAGAAGAGAAGACUGCUAGGUAUUGUACACAAAUAAUCAUUGUGAAAAUAUUUUAACCUGUAGUAUAUAAUAAUAAUAUUGUGUACAAAUAUAUACAGUAGUAGACACAAAAUGUUAGUGGCUAAAAUAUAGCAAAUUAUGCUAAACAUAUCAAGUGAACGGAAUUAAAAUGAACUACCUUAACUUAUAUAUUAGAUAGCUUUGUCAGGUCUCUGUAAAAUUUUCUUCUUUUACUGCGAUUUUUAGUGCAUGGGAACGAGAAGAUGAAUGAUGAAUGUUCUGCAUAUAUGUACUCUCAUCUGAACAUUCAUAAAUCAUCCAUUCGUUCACAUACAUCAGACGAAAAUGUCAUGAAAUCUAAUUCUAUUUCAAUGUUCGUUUAGACGUCGUUCAGAGAACACGCUCAACCACACGGAGAGUGAACUGAAACGCGUUAAGCAGGAUUUACAGAACAGUCGUCAGCAUGAACAAGAAUUUCGUUCACAACUACAGACUGUUACUUCUAAUGAAAGAUCUCUCAAGUCUGAAGUUCAUCAGUUGAACAUUGUUUCCUAGCCAUGUUUCUCAAAGGUGGACAAACCAGGAAACAUUGUUUCCUAGCCAUGUUUCCCAAAGGUGGACAAACCAGAAAACAAUGUUUCCUAGCCAUGUUUCUCAAAGGUGGACAAACCAGGAAACAUUGUUUCCUAGCCAUGUUUUCCAAAGGUGGACAAACCAGGAAACAUUGUUUCCUAGCCAUGUUUCCCAAAGGUGGACAAACCAGGAAACAUUGUUUCCUUGCCAUGUUUCUCAAAGGUGGUCAAACCAGGAAACAUUGUUUCCUAACCAUGUUUCCCAAAGGUUGACAAACCAGGAAACAUUGUUUCCUAGCCAUGUUUCUCAAAGGUGGGCAAACCAGGAAACAUUGUUUCCUAGCCAUGUUUCUCAAAGGUGAACAAACCAGGAAACAUUGUUUCCUAGCCAUGUUUCUCAAAGGUGGGCAAACCAGGAAACAUUGUUUCCUAGCCAUGUUUCUCAAAGGUGGGCAAACCAGGAAACAUUGUUUCCUAGCCAUGUUUCCCGACGUUUUGAAGAAACAUGGUUACUCAGAGUAACAUCGCAAACAUAUUAUUCACCUGAGUACACAACACCAACACAGAAAAAAGAAACAUGGUUGUUUGCCCAUUAAUUUACUGUAUUGUUUUUCAUUGCAGUUUGAUUUCAAUGCUGUUAUUUUAUCCUGGUGGAUGAACCAAGGACCUCAAUAUUGGUUACACCUGGACUGUCUUGACACUGCUUACUGUGUUGGUGGACGUAUUUCGUUGACAGGCACAGGUGAACCAUGUCAUGGUCUUGACUUUGGUAUAUGGUGGUCUCUGUGCCUGCCAUGCUACUUCAUGUUAGCUAUUCCAUAUAAAAUUUGGCGGAAUGUCGUUUGUCAAAUAUGGGAUUAUUGCGUGAAAAUCACUGGAAAUAUAAACGCUGUUAGCAAUAUCUCAGAUGUGCCACAAUUGAGAUAAACAGACAGCGAACUUGUAUAAUUGAAUAAUAAUUUAUUGGGCGUUUACAUGGGCUUUUAAUUAUUUGUUUACUUUCUACAAUAUUAUGAAUUUUAUU